GGGAAAAUUGCAGAUUUGUUCGACGGCGGCUUCGCGAUGAGGUUCCGGUACGCUAUGGUAUGUUCGUCGAAUCAGAACCGGAGCAUGGAAGCUCACGCUCUUCUGAAGAGGCAAGGUCUCGACGUUGCUUCGUACGGGACUGGGUCUCAUGUAAAACUACCUGGACCAUCGCUCAGAGAGCCUAACGUCUACGACUUUGGAACUCCUUACAAGCAAAUGUUCGAUGAGCUCAGGCGCAAAGAUCCUGAACUUUACAAGCGGAAUGGUAUAUUGCAGAUGCUUAAGAGGAAUUUAUCUGUGAAGCUUGCUCCUCAAAGAUGGCAAGAUAAUGCUGGUGAUGGUGUGUUUGAUGUGGUUAUGACUUUUGAGGAAAAGGUUUUUGAUUCUGUCCUUGAAGAUCUUAAUAACAGAGAACAGUCGCUUAUGAAAACCAUACUUGUGAUGAACUUGGAGGUUAAAGACAACCACGAAGAAGCAGCUAUUGGUGGCCGACUUGCCUUGGAACUCUGUCAAGAGAUUGAAGGGAAUGAAACAUGGGAAGAUACGAUCGAUGACAUUGUUGCGGGUUUUGAAAAACAACACAGGCGGAAACUGGUCUACAGCAUCUCAUUCUACUGAAGAUACCAUCAGCAGUCGCAUUAACGGUCAGAUUAUGUAGAGAGCUGUUCUGUGGCCCGAGACUUGAGAUGCUAAACACAUUAAUAACUCAUCGGUUUUAUAUGCUUUAGGGUUAGAUAUUUGAGUGUGUAGAAGAAAUUGUUUCUUAUAAACUGAGAACUUGUCU